AUGUCUGCACCUGCCUCCUGGCCCCAGUGUCCCUGUCCUGUCCUGCUGCUGACCCUCCUGCUGGGACUCACAGGAGUGGCUGCACAGGAGCUGCAGGUGAUCCAGCCUGAGAAGUCAGUGUCUGUCGCUGCUGGAGAGUCGGCCACUCUGCACUGCACUAUGACCUCCUGGCUCCCUGUGGGGCCCAUCCAGUGGUUUAAGGGGACAGGGACAGGCAGGGAGUUGAUCUACAACUUCAGAGAAGGCCACUUCCCCCGAGUCACAAAUGUCUCAGAUGCAACAAAGAGGGACAACAGGGACUUUUCCAUCCGCAUCAGUAAUGUCACCCCAGCAGACGCCGGCACCUACUACUGUGUGAAGUUCCAGAAAUCGACCCCUGUUGAUAAGGAGUAUAAGUCUGGACCAGGCACCGAGUUGUCUGUGCGAGGUGAACCCUCUCCCCGCAUGGUGUUAGGUCCUGCAACCAAGGCCACACCUGGGCAAAUGGUGAGCAUCACCUGGGAGUCCCACAGCUCCUCCCCCAACAACAUCACUCUCAAGUGGUUCAAAAAUGGGAAUGAGCUCUCGCACACCCAGACCAGCAUAGAUCCCACAGAAGAAAGUGUGUCCUACAGUAUGUCCAGCAUAGUCCAGAUGACAUUUACUCCCAGGGAUGUCCAUUCUCAAGUCAUAUGCAAGGUGGCCCAUGUCAUCCUGCAGAGGGGCCCUCCUCUUUGUGGGACUGCCAACAUGUCUGACACCAUUUCAGUUCUUCCCACCAUGGAGGUCACUCCACAGCCCACCAUGACAGGGAACCAGGUGAAUCACUUCUGCUCCCAGAGCCUACAGCUGACCUGGGUGGAGAAUGGUGACAUGUCCAGGAGAGAAACAGUCUUGACCCUCUGAGAGAACAAGGACAGGACCAUCAACCUGAUGAGCUGGCUGCUGGUCAAUGCCUCUGUGCACAGGGAGGACAUGAUCUUCACCUGUCAGGUGGAGCAUGACAAGAAACCAACCACCACCAGAAACUGCACCCUGCAGGUCUCUGCUGGCCCCAGAGAGCAGGGCCUGGACAAUAUCCCUGCUGAGGCCUCUCCCAGUCUUUCUUCAUACCUCAUAGCCCUAUUUAUUGGCCCUAAGAUCCUAUUGGCAGUCAGUGUCUCUGCCAUCUACAUCCACAGGAAGCAGAAGUCCUGACUAUCCUUCAUCACUCUCUGCUACCUGUGACCCUCCGUCUCUGCCACCUUCUUCCUGCUCCAUGGUGCUCAGCCUAAGAGAAAGGAGCUACUGAGAAGCCUCUAUAGAUGCUGCUCCAAAUGCCUUCUCCCAGAACAGUCACCAGCCCACAGGCUCCUGAUGCUCCUCUGUCAGCCCUCGAUGUCCCAUGGCUGAGUCUGCAGACCUGCC